GCCAUCGGAGUGUUACCUCGCACCUGUACCAGCUAGCUGUAGCUCUGCCUUACUAUACUGCACUAGCACUGUACUGUACUCUUCAGAAGAUAAAAACAAUGAACAGUUUCUUGUGUGGCUGCUGCACUAAGGGUGGUUGCAGGGGAGACCAAAUUGAUGAUGAAACUCAGGGGAUUUACAAAGAGCACGGAAAGCCUCUGAAAUAUGAUCCACACUUCAAAGGUCCCAUCAAUUCAAAAGCGAGACGACCCAAAGACCUCCUCUGUCUGACACUAUUCGUAGCAUUCAUUAUCGGGCUCCUAGCCAUCGGAAUGUAUGCUUGGGUGAUGGGCCAGCCUCAGCGUUUGGUCUACCCCACUGACUCCCAGGGUAGACUCUGUGGUGUGCAUGAAGCCGUGGCUGACAGACCCUUCCUACUCUUCUUUGAUCUGGUCAAGUGUGCUCAGGUGGUCAGCGUGACUGAAGUGCUCAGUGGAGAUUUCGAUACUUCAGCCAUCUUUACCUGUCCCACUCCUCAGGUGUGUGUGAGUGAGUGUCCCACUAUGAAUGAGUUUGGAGUGAGGAGCAACCCAGUGUGUGUGGACAGUGUAGACACAACUCCAUUCAUCAACAUCUCCAACAUCGACUUCGCCGAUGCGGCUAGCUCCGCAGGAAAUGUCGCUACUCUGUUGGAACUGAUCAGGACUGACCAAUGUGCUCCAUACUAUAUAACAAGUACAGCAGUUGCCCGGCGAUGUAUCCCGACCUUUGUGGACCUGGGCGAUCAAGCGGCUGACAUUUUGUUCAACUCCAGCACUGACCUUCAGACUCUGGCCAAUAUGACCUCUGAUUUCAGCAUAACUGACGUGUUCCUCAAUGUGAGUGUGCAGUCCAUCGUGGAGGGCCAACUGACUGAGAAUAUACUAAAUGCAGUGCGAGAGUUUGUUGUGAGCGUGUACCAGGACUUCAUAGUGGUCUGGCCAGGCCUCCUCAUUGGCCUGGUUAUCAUCUUCUCCCUAUCCUUCCUCUACAUUGUGUUGCUACGGUGCUUUGCUGGACCUCUAGUGUUCCUGGCUAUUGUACUCUCAUUGCUGCUCAUCACCGCAAUAACUGUUUUCUGCUACUACCAGUUCUAUUGCUUCCAAGACACGGCUAACCUGUUUGACCAGUUUAACGCUGCCACUAACGAGACUAUCCUAGACUUCCUCAACACGACCCAGGUCCAGGCAGUGGCCGACCUCAUCUGCGCUGAGACAGAUGUUCUUAGAGAGUUCAUCAACACUCAGCUGCCAUGGUUCGGAUAUCAGGAGUACACCUGGCUUGCACUAGGUAUUGCUGGCAGUGUGGUGCUACUCGUUCUGAUCAUUCUCCUCAUUGUGCUGGCUAAGAAGAUCCUGGUCUCCAUACAAAUCAUCAAGGAGGCCAGCAAGGCUGUUGGGGGCGUCCCCUCCUCCGUGUUCUACCCCAUUGUGACAGUGGCUCUACUGAUCGGUGUACUCGGCUACUGGGUCAUGGUUGCGGUUUUCCUGGUGACAGCUACUGAGCCGACCUAUGCUGUCAUCAUGAAUGGUUCAGUGGUCGGGGAGCCUGAUGGAGUCAAUAUCUCAGAGUACGGGCUAACACUAGUCACAAAUGGGACUGCCUGCGACCCCGCCGUCUUUACUGCCACUGUGUUCCGUGAUGACCCCAACAGCGGCUACAAUACGACCAUCUCCUGUCAGUUUAAGGAAUUUUUCACAUCUAAUUUUCUACUGGCUCUUCAGUUCUACCACGUAUUUGGGCUGUUCUGGUUGACCAACUUCGUACUUGCCCUGGGGGAGGUCACUCUGGCCGGAGGGUUUGCUUCCUGGUACUGGACAUUCGACAAAAAGAAGGGCGCGCCUCGAUUCGCUCUCAUCAGAUCAUUUGGCAGGGCAGUACUUUUCCACUCUGGGUCUAUUGCAUUUGGAGCUCUACUGAUAGCCAUCAUCCAGAUGCUGAGAGUGCUGUUGGCAUAUGUACAGAAGAAACUCAAGGGCAAGGCAGGUAAAGUGGCCCAGACACUACUCUGUCUAUUGGGAGCGUGUCUCUGGUGCUUCGAGAAGAUACUACGUUACGUGAACAGACAAGCCUACAUCGAGAUUGCCAUCUAUGGCUAUGAUUUCUGCACUGGAGCAUGCACUGCUGUCAAGCUACUCCUCAGGAACAUUCUCACGACUGCCGUGAAGGACGGUAUAGUGGCAUUCCUCCUGCUGUUUGGUAAAAUACUCAUCACAAGUAUUGUAGGCAUACUGGCCUAUCUUGGGUUCGCUGACUACCUUGGUGGCAGCAAUAUACUGUGGCAGCAGCCUCUCAACUACUACCUGGUGCCUAUCAUUGUACUCACUGUGACUGCUUUCCUGGUUGCCUCUGGUUUCAUGACUGUCUACCACAUGGCAGUGGAUACAGUAUUCAUUUGUGCAUUGGAAGAUCUGGAACGCAAUGAUGGCAAAGACAAGCCUUACUUCAUGAGCAAGAAACUCAUGAAGCUAUUGAACGUGAAGAAUAAAAAGAACGACCAGACUACAAUGCAGAUGGAGUCACUAGAAACAGUGCAGUCAUAG